CCUGGGCAGUGGGAGCAAUUUUUGAACCAUUUUCCUGCCCCGCAACCGAGACAAGAGGCGGAGCUUGGGGGAUCGCUCCCUCUCUGAAGACCCAAGGCAAGCGGGGAGCGCUUUGCAAACCACCCGGGAAAACUUCGAGCUGGGGGGAAAGGAAAAAAAAAAGCGAAACAUCGUAGCUUUGGAUUCCUCGCCCUUCCUCUCUUUUUGCGAGACCCAUCUUCUCUUGCACAAUGGCGUCAGGGCAGGUCUACAUGGCGGCUCCUGUUUGCCUAAUUGAGAACAUGCCGGAUGGGAAGCUUGUGGUGAACCGGGAGGCUGCAGCGGUGCUUGCCAGGAUCCGCCAGCCGGUGGUGGUGGUGGCCAUUGCGGGGUUGUACCGCACUGGCAAGUCCUACCUCAUGAACAGGCUUGCCGGCAAGAGAAAAGGUUUCUGUCUGGGUACCACAGUGGAGGCGCUCACCAAGGGCAUCUGGAUGUGGUGUCUUCCGCAUCCCUACAGGUCAGACCUCUCACUGGUGUUACUGGACACAGAAGGGUUGGGUGAUGUGCAGAAGGGAAACAGACAGAACGACUCGUGGAUCUUUGCCCUGGCCAUUCUUCUCAGCAGCACCCUGGUGUACAACAGCGUGGGCACCAUUGACCAAAAUGCCCUGGAGAACCUGCACUAUGUCACUGAGCUGACAAAAAAGAUUAAGGCAAAAGCUUCCCCCAGGGAAGAUACAGAGGAGGAGAACUCUGCCGAAUUUAUCCGUUUCUUCCCAGACUUCAUCUGGGCAGUGCGGGAUUUCACACUACAGCUGAAGAUAGAUGGACAGCCCAUCACUGAGGACGGGUAUCUGGAGGAGGCAUUGAGACUGCAGAAAGGUGACACUAAGCAAAUCCAGAAGUUCAACAUGCCCAAGUCAUGUAUCCGCAAAUUCUUUCCAUCACGGAAAUGUUUCACGUUUGACCGUCCAGCUAACAAGAAGAAUUUGCAUAAGCUAGAGCAUCUGGAAGAAGAUGAUUUGGAGGAAGAUUUCUUGGAGCCGGUGGGCCGUUUCUGCCAACACAUCUGGGAGACAUCACGACCCAAGACAGUUCCAGGAGGCCAAGUUGUGACAGGGAGAAUGCUUGAGAAGUUAUUGAAGAUCUACGUCAAUGCUAUCAACAGUGGGGAUGUGCCGUGCUUGGAGAACGCAGUGGUGGCCCUGUCUGAGAUUGAGAACGCAGCUGCUGUGCACGAGGCCGUUUCCUGUUACGAAGCACUGAUGGGGAAGCGGUUGGCGUUGCCCACAGACACGGUGGAUGAGCUGCUGGCUGUGCAUGCUGAGUGUGAAAAGGAAGCCAAUUCUGUCUUCAUGGCCCGUGCCUUUGGCAUCGCGCAGGUUAAAAAAUUCCAGGAGGAUCUUGAGCUUCAGCUGAAGCAGAAAAAGGAAGAAUUAUGCGAGAGAAACAAACAGGUGUCCUUUGACCGCUGCAACCAUGUGCUGGUGGAGCUUUACCGGAAGCUGGAAGAUGGAGUCCACAUAGGAAUUUAUUCUGCUCCUGGUGGCUACCAGCGUUAUCUGGAGAACUGGAACGAAAUGGUGGAGGAAUACCGUUCGGUACCCUGUAAAGGAAUUCAGGCAGACUGUGCUCUUGAAGAAUUCCUGAAAUCCAAGGAGACUGUGGCAAAAUCUCUCCUUCAAAUGGACCGCGCCUUGACUGCCCAAGAGAAGGAACUUGAAGCCCAGCGCGCUCAGGCCGAAGCAGCCCAGCUGCAGCAGACGCUGUUGGAGCAGGAGCAGGCCAGACUAAAGCAAAUGAUGGAGGAUGAGAAGCGAAGCCACGAUGAACAGCUCCGGCUGUUGAAGGAGAAGAUGGAGAAAGAGAAAAAGUUGAUGGAAGAGGAAACAGACAGGAUGAUAGAGCAGAAACUCAAGGAACACGAGUUGCUGCUGAAAGAAGGAUUUCAGAGGAUGGCAAGGAAGAUGGAGAGGGAAAUCCAACAUCUCAAGGAAGAAAAGAAAAGCUGGGAACGGGUGUUGUCUCUAGUGGGAAAUUUGAUCCCAGUUGUGUCAUCUUUGGUGAUGCACAGUGUGCAUCUUGCAACAGUUUCUCAAACUGGGAGCACGCCAAAGAAAUAGUUCCAGCAUGGGGGGGGUGGGAUUAAUGCAGAUUGCAAGGUUGCAUUUGAAUGUAUUAUUAGAUGCAUCUGCACAAAUCAGGAAGCAUGAAAGCUGUAUCUAUACAGCUUUAAAGCACAUUCAAACCAUGUUCUUUCCCUCAAAGAAUUCUGGGCACUGUAGUCACAGAGUUAAAAAUUCCCAACAAUUCUAAACAAACUACAGUCCCCAGAAUUCUUUGAGAGGGUAAAUGUGCUUCCAAUGUGCUUUAAAAGUAUAGUGUGUGUGCAGUGUUAGUGUUUUGUCCACUGACAUUUACUUAGGAUAAAGAUUAUGCAGGGAAAUGUAUCCUGGGUGGGUCUUCUAAGAGAAAGCCAGCUAUUAGCUUGUGUGUGUGUGUUUUUGGAACAUGGUUGUGAAUGCCAAAAUGUGAAGUAAUGUUACAUUUUUAACAUAUUAAGACUGAGCUUCACUAUACACAACUUGCAACCACUGCUCUGGAGUUUCUUUGUGCAGAACUAAAAAUAGGAUAGGCUAUUUCUAGAAAGAAAACAAGCCGGCCUUGUAUUGCCCUCUAGUGGGCACAGACCAGAUGGUGAUUGUCUACAUAAGGUGUGUCUACUUAAAUAUCAAGGAUCACACCUAAAGCCAAAAUUGUGUAUAGUCAAAAAACAUUGGCUUCAAUGGCGGGUGGGAUUGCCAAAGUCAUUUCCCUCCAAGCCCCACCCCCUUAAAAAAUAAAAAUCCACACACAUAAAGCUGAAUGCACACAAGUUAAGUGUGCAUAAGUUGCGGUCUUGCUGUAUUUUACUCAAGCAGCCUUCAACCAACCCGAUCCCAUCCUGAUGUUGUGGGACUACAACUCACAUCAUCCAUUACUAUUGGCUAUACCAGCUGGUGGGAGUUGUGGUUCGCAACAUCUGGACGGCACCAUCUCUGGGGUGGUUGGUUUAGGAGCAUCUACAAUGAUUACCACCUUGACCUAGUGCAUUGUUGUUAAAUUUGAUGCCUUCUUUCUCCCUUCCUCAUGUUCUGCAGCCAGGCACAACUUAAAUUGAUUCCCUUCUGGAAUCUGUUGUGCGCAAGAAAUCAGCUCUGAAAUAUAUGCAGGAGCAGAACAUGCUCAGAGCCAAUUUCCCUCUGUGCUGCGUAACAACACCCUGCUGCAUGUAUCCAGGGUUCAGUCUUUGCCCCUGUGGUGAGUGGAUGUGCUGGAAUUGCAGCCUGCAGUGCUGAUGAGCUGGGUUUGUCUGCACGAGAGUAAAAUUUGAAUUUGCACCAGCCUUUCUCUCCAAUAAGGGACAUGGGUGGCACUGUGGGUUAAACCACAGAGCCUAGGACUUGCCUAUCAGAAGGUCAGUGGUUAGAAUCCCCAGCUCUGUUAUCUGUCUCAGUUCAUUUUUCUCCUGUUCUGUCAUAUUUUUUUACCAAUAACUUAGUUUUAUUUUUAUUCAGUUUGAAACCUGCGACUUGGCCAAAUUGGUUAAUCUUAUCCAACACCCUUGGUAUACUUUCCAAGGGGUUUUCUACUAUUAUUACCAGGUCGUCUGCAACACAAAACGCAUUCCAUGUGAGUAGAAUUCAUUCCUCAAGAGCAUUUGGAAUCUUGAAACUAGCACAGAGUAUGGUAGCUUGCUUGUUAGCAGGAACAAACUGUUACCUAUCUUACCUGUUUUGAAUCAUCUGCCUGGACUGAGAAUUUGCUUCGGGACCCGGUUCUUGCUUUUAAAGCCAUCAAUGGCUUUAGGGGCUCUGAUUUUCUUUAGAUUUGCCACCUCCCAUGUGAGCCUCCCCAGCAUUUAAUAUAUUUUGAUGGGGCCUGGGUUGCUUCAGAUUCUACCUUAUGGGGAGACUAGAUUGGCCACUACCAAGAACAGGGUCUUCUCUGUUGUAGCACCAAUGCUCUGGAACUUCAUUCCACGACAGUAUCACCACUGCCUCCCUGUUGGCCGACUAGAUAAAAACGUAUUGAUUGCAGCUGGUCUUUGAAAACUGCCGUAUCCCAUGUUUUAUGGCUAUUUUGUUAUGUUGUUUCUGCUUGGUUUGAAUGAAGAAUGGUCGUGUUUUGAAUCUGUAAACAACUGUGGUGUAUUCUGUGAACAGGCGUAUUUA